AUGACUCACGUGGCUACAAACUGCCCGAUCUGGCGUUUAUCCCUAGCCAGUCGCUCGGCCCGGCUGGCCUUGGCCUUGGCAACAAGCUCCUCAUCGUCGUCAUCAGGGAUGAGAGCCAAGGCGGGACGAGGGAUGCUCAAUGCAAGUGGUGCCACCCCCAGCAUGCCCAGUAAUGCGCGUCGAUUCGCUGUGGGGGCGUGGGGCGCGACGGCCCGGGGGUGGGAAACCCGUCCAGGGGCAGAGCAUCCCGACACGAUUGUGUGUGCGUUCAUGGUGGCCAUAACACGCUCCAUCUUGCCCUAA